AAGCGCGGCCAGCUCUUCUGGUUAGAGUGUCCAUUUUGAUCACAUGUGAGUAUCUCCAGUCUGUUCUCCUUUUUUUCACGGUGAGUCUAGCUGAUCAGCUUGUGAUCACACGAACAAGUUCGUUAAAACGUGCUCCGAGACAAAUAAGCCAAAGGCUCGAGAACGGCGUUAAUACGGACGAUCGUUGUCCGUGAUCAAUCGAACGUUUCUCGAGAGAGAGUCGGCGACUUCGACGACGAACCAACCGCACGCGAUCCUUUUCGCGCCAUCUUCUCAAGGAAAACGGUGAAAAAACCGCAGUAAACUCGUCCUCGAAGAGAAACACAAUAAACUAAGGAUGGCAGACAUAGAGGAUACUCACUUCGAGACCGGAGACUCCGGUGCUUCUGUAACAUACCCAAUGCAGUGCUCGGCUCUGCGCAAGAACGGGUUCGUAAUGCUCAAAUCUCGGCCGUGUAAAAUUGUAGAAAUGUCAACAUCAAAAACUGGGAAACACGGCCAUGCUAAGGUACAUCUCGUAGGCAUCGAUAUUUUCACUUCAAAAAAGUAUGAAGAUAUUUGUCCUUCUACGCACAACAUGGAUGUGCCCUUCGUUAAGCGAGAAGAUUACCAGCUAGCAGACAUAUCUGACGAUGGCUAUUUAUGCCUGAUGGCUGAUAAUGGUGAACUUCGUGAAGAUUUAAAAAUUCCUGACGGUGAAUUAGGUGCUCAGUUACGUGCUGACCACGAAGCUGGAAAAGAGCUUCUUUGCACUGUGCUGAAAGCAUGCGGUGAAGAAGUUGUGAUCGCCAUCAAAACUAACACUGCCAUCGAUAAAUAAUUGUGUUCAGUCCAGACUCCACCAUCACAUUAAAGAAAAAAACACACACAGCUAAUAUAUUAUUAAAAGAAACCUAAGAUACAAUAUUGAGAUGAUCAAUGGUUAACAUAAGAACUAUUACCAACAACAAAUAGAGAAGAGAAGGAGUGGGGGGCACAGCCGGGAGGAGAAGAGGACUGGAAAGAAUGGCAAGAACAAGGAAAGGGGAAGAGGCAAACAUUUAAAAGAAUAAUAAUAAAGGGAAGGAAGCGAAAAAGAACGUGCGCGAGCAUGUAAGUGUGAGGGAGGAAAGGAUUACGAAUAAUUAAAUAAUUGCAAAAAUGAAAUAAAAAAAGAAAUAAAAAGAGAAUAAAUCGAAAAACAGUAUCAGCUUAGACCUUGGGAAAUAAAUGUCUUUGGCGGUUUAAAGUGUUGAUAUUAACAUGGCAGUUUUUACGGCAAGAAAUUACUGAAAGACGGCUACGUCACAUGUUUCACUUUGAUUUGUGAUUUCGAACAAAAUUUAUGAAAUUAGAAUUCUGUUGGAAUUCCAAUUACAUCAUUCGGUGAACGCCGCAAGUUGCAGUUCCGGUAUGAUUUUAUUGAAAUUCCGUUGGCUUGGAAUUCUAACUAUUUAUGUUAAGUAAUAGUUUUGUUCCCUUGAGAUAAAACCCCUUGUCCAUGUAUUAUGAUAUUGAAAUUUCGUUCCGAUAAAAUUUGUCAAACUUUCUAUUACGGUGGACCCUUGAUUUUUGAUGAAUUAACAUUUUCAACGAAAACAAUGUUCGUUGAAGUUUGAUUCCUCUUCAAUUUGAACUCAACACAGUUUUGUGUUUUCCUUUAUUCUUAAAGAUUGCGUUUUAGAAAGUCAAUCUUAAUUUAGAAUUCCUUGUUUUGAUUUUGAAUUUUUUUUAUAUACUUAUAAUCCUGUCUGAUCUUUAUUAAGUAUCUACGAGAUUUGAGGAUUUCAUUUGAAACAAAAAAUUUGUGUCUUAACAGAAAUCUCUAAAAUCUUUCAUAUAACCGAAAGCUUUCUAUCCGGUAGAAAUCUAUUCCUGUAAUGUCACUACUUUUAAAAAUUCUUCAUUUUAUUAAAAUCUAAAUUCUAAAAUUUUAUUCAUAAUUGUAAAAACAACAUGAAUUUCAUUUUUCAGUGAUGUAUAUAAAGGAUUAUAAUAUCUGUCGCUUGAACCUUACAGUUAAAAUAAUGAGAAAUUAAAGGAAAAGAUAACUUUUUUUUACAUAGAUCUAAUGAAUUUUUAUUAAUUUUGUGUGAACGUCGAAGAGAGAAAAAAUAGUUUCAUUUAAGUAUUCAUACGUAUAGCCUGUGUUAUUUUGUAUUUAAUCAUUUUCAAAUGAAAAAUUUGAUAAUGCUUUGAGAUAAACUUUGAACUCCGAACCUCGGUGAAUAUUAACACUCCCACAUACACGUAAAUCCUAACACGAAAUUUCGGAAUUCAGUUUGUACUUUAGACUGUGUGUGCGUGCAUAUAAGAUGAUACACGUCAGAACUCGCGAUUCUGAAAUUUUUCAGUUUAACAAUCGCUUGAUUUCGGAUUUCUGACUUGAAGUUUCGGUGUCGCAGUUGCACACGUUCAAAUUCUUCAAAUCAGACCAUACUAUCUAUGAGAAAGCAAAAAGAAAACGUAAGGAAGUUAAAAAAUAUAUAUAUAUAAAUGAAUGAUAAGAAGCAACUAAGCUACCUAUAAUCUAAGCAGACUAAUUUAAGAUUAAGACGACCUAGAUAAAUGAAUUUAAUCGAUAAAAGAACUGAAGAUGAAAACAAGAGAAAAAGAACGAAUCGAUCGGUCGGCCUCACACGAUCGUUUUGAACGACGAGAAGACGGAAACCGUUUCUUUCUGCUUCUCGACAUUCGGUUUAAUUGAUUAUGCACCACUGCUGGUGUCGUUCUCUUUAAGUUCUUACGAAUUUUAAUAAACUAAUCGUAGAGCAAUUUUCGGCGAAGGAAAAAGCACGGAUGACACGAUAUUUCGAGAAUAUUUUCAAACUACUUUUAGCGUUAAAAAAAAGACUUGAUUUAAUCUAUCAAUUAUAUCUUUAGUAUGUAGUUAACCAGUAUGUCUGAUAAUAAAUGAAAUCUUGCAGUUUAAUCAAAUUUAUUUCGUCUAACAUAGUUAUCAAUAUAUUUUGAACGGAUCUGUUUAAACUGACAAAUAUUCUUGAAGUAUUAUUAAAUUUCAUGUGCACUCUUAUAAUUAAUACACCAAUUAAAUUCGUAGUAGAAUAAAUUCGAUUGCACUUUGAUAAUAUUUUUAAAAAAUGAAUGUUUUCCACGAAAAAAGAAUAAAAAAAAAUAUAAGAUCACCAGCAUUGGCGUAUAUAAAAAAAUAAAAUAUAUACACACGCGGAAUAGACGAACACAUAUACGAAAUACAUGCAGUGGAAAAGUAUAUUGAGAAUACUUAACACGAGUACCCGUAUGCGAAAGUACACGAUUAUGGGAUUUGAGAAACAGACAAAAACAGACAUAUAAAAAGUAUAUAAGUAAAUAAAUGGAAUACCAAUGAGCAUUUGUUUAUACGACGGAAAAUCGAUGGAGGAUAAAUGGAUAAAUAAAAUGAGAAAAAAGCCCGUCAAAUGCUUUUGUAUCAACCUUCGAUGAUAUUUCAAGAGAGAGAGAGAGAGAGAGAGAGAGAGAGAGAGAAUAUUCAGUAUUAAUUCAGACUUGGUAAUUUUACAUUUGUUUGAUCGGUUAACAUGUCUUUUAAUAGUUUUCCUCGAUAAGUCCGUAAUCUUUAUUUCCAUUAAACAAUUUUUCAUAUUAGCUUUGUAUCAGAAGAAACCGAUGAAUAAAGCAAAUUAAAUUCAAUUGUAAA